GGGCCGGGGGCAGUGGCGGCUGCCGCUCGGCAGCCCAAGGCUCAGCGUCGUCCUGCCGGGGAACUUGUGUCCUGAUGGCUGUAGAUGUGGGGAAAUCACCUUCUGAAGCCUCCCUGAGUGGGGACGCCGAGGGCGAUGGUAAAUGGGACUGCUCAGGGGUGGAUAUGGACUACCCUGAGCUAGCAGACAGCCUGCACCAGCUCCUGGGGCCAGAGGAGGCCACAUCCUGCCCGCAGGGCACAGAGGCUGUGGCCGUGUGUGUUAGGCAAGGAGGUUCGAGCUACCCCGAGGAGGAGUCUUCAGCAUCUGCACCCAGACUUCCCAGAGCAAGGGCAAGCCUCCUACAGACACAGACUUCGCAGCACAGAGCCACCGGUGGUGCCGAUGUGCCUCCUCGUGGUAGCCACUGGUUCCUCUCCUCAGAAGAGCAGCAGGUGAAGGCAUCAGGCUGCUGGGAGCCAGUGUCCAGCCCGCCCAGCCAGCACAGUUCUGCAGAGGAGAGCAUCCUUGCUGGCAGCUGCCAUGAUAACCGUACCAGCCUGGGCAGAAGAUGGGGAGAUCAAUCCCUGUGUCCCUCCACCCCAGAGCUGCUGUGUCCCCAAAGCCCCCCCAGCCCCGGGGGAGCCCUGCGGCGCCGCUCGGCGUCAUGCUUCUCUGCACUGUCUUCAGAAGAAGGUGCCUCCGAGGAGCCCUCUGGGAGCCUGCUGACCAGCACAGACCUGCCUUCCCCUGCAGCCCCCUGCCCCGGGGGGCUGUGCUGUCGCUGGGCAGCAGCAGAAGGCAGGGCACUGCGGAUGUGCAGGUCCUUCAGCCCCUUGGUCGAUGGCCACAGGACCACGGAGUGCAUCCGGGAGAUGUCCUCCUACCAAGCCAACUACUGGGCCUGUGCCAUACCAGAGACCCUGCCGCCCUCUCCGGACCGCCACUCGCCCCACUGGAACCCCAACAAGGAGUACGAGGACUUGCUGGAUUAUGCUUACCCACUGAGGCCAAGGUACAAGCUGGGGAAGCUGCCUGACCCUUUCCUCCACGACUCAGGAAUAGGCCUGGACAGCUUCUCUGCUUCCCUGGAGGGCACCUCGAGGUCUGCCAGCAUCUACGGGCGAGGCGGGCAGGCGCAGGGAGGGGGAGGAAAUGGGCAUCAUAGGUUGGUGGCCUCUGCAGAGAGGUGCUCCACCCCAGGGCCUGGAAGAAGAGGCUGCUCAGGAGCUCGUUUGUGCUGUGAACCCUUACCUGUUGCAGAAGAGUUUUCCUGCCCAAGGAGGACUUCCUCCCACUCUUCUAGAAGUUCUGCUAAGGACCCAACAGCAGAGUCAGCCGGGCUGGGCUCAUCUGGCCACCCUGCUGCGGAUGGCAGAAGCUGGCAUGCCAGAGGGAGCUCCUUCCUGAGCCACAAAGGGCAGGUGAAAAGCACCCAUAGGUUUUUGCCUACAACAGCAGUGCUCCCCCUGAGGAAGGAGUGGGAUGCUGAUGAGGAGUUUCUCUCCCUGCCUCCGAGACUGCUGGAGCUGGAUGGGCUGGCUCAGUUUUUGUCCAGUCUUUCCUUGACUGUGAGGAUGCCUGUGCAGAGCCAUCAGAACCUCCCACACCACCAUGACAGCAGGCAGCCCCCUGCAUCCAGGGCAGCUCCGGGUGGAGAAGCCUGUGGCAGGGACAGAAGAGGGAAUGCUGGCCAUUGUGGGGGGCUGGGGCACCCUUGCAGCCCUCACAAGCCCAGCUGGGACAACAGUGAGUUGUGUGGCCGGAUCCAUAGGGAUCCUCUGCAGGGACUUCAUCUGGCAGCUGGUCUGAGGGACGCGUUGGAUGAUACAUACCUGAAUGAACCCUGGGUCAAGGGGCACCCAAAGAAGAGGCACGAGGGUGAGUCCCUUGCCCAGUGCGUUAAGAUGUUCUGCUGCCAGCUGGAGGAGCUGAUCCAUUGGCUGUACAACGUGGUGGACACAGCUGGCAGCUGGCACCCAGUCUCCUCUGGCACCGAGGGCACGAAGGCCUUGCUGAACCGCUACCUGGAGUUCAGGAAAGAUGUGGCCAGCCACCGGAGCCUGACCAAGAGUGUGCUGGAGAGGGGAGAAGCUCUCCUCGACUGCAUGGCUGUGAGCUCUCCAGCUCUGAAGGACACGCUGGGUUUGAUUGUGAAACAGUCAGAGGAGCUGGAGACCCACGCAGAGCACUUGUAUGAGUCUGUCCUAGCUGCUGCAGGCAAGAACAGGGUAGAGGACAAGGAGGGCACAGCAGAAAGCUGCUCAGUAGGUGCUGCCUCUGUCAGACCUGGGCUUGGUUAAGCCUGUCCUGGGAUGGCUGAAAAUUCCAGAGCACCUCUUCCACAGAGGCCAAAUGCCUGUGGCCACUGUUUGGAGCCAGCCAGCCCAGGCUGGUUGCAGGGCGGUUUUCACUGGCCAGCUGUACAGCAGUUCCCUGCCUGCUGCAACAUCAGGUUAAAGGAGCCGAGUAUGUUGGGGAGUUUGGUGGGGCUGCAGCUGGCCUUUAUCUUUUGGUUUGGUGUUUUUUUAAUGUAGCUUCUUUUUGUUUUAUAUUGGAGAGGCCUGUUCCCUGUGUUAGCAAAACGUCAGGGACAGGCUGGUUUUUAACUGUGUGCUCCAGUGUGUGCCAUGCAAAUCCCUCCUCAGUAAAGGGCUGUGGAGUCCUGUCCUCAUCUGGUGUUUAUACUCUUCAACAAGAGCUGCUGGGAGCCAAGAAGCAGCAGCUCCUCCUGGUUCUUGGGUGCAAACUGACCUCUUGUUUGUAAUUGCCCUUCCCCUGCUGAAGCAGAGCCAAGGUAACUGUCACUUCUCUCGCGCAUAACCACCACAAGCCAAUAUCUGUGUGAACCUGAACAAACAGCUGAGCAGGCUCAGAGGGGCAUCAGGUGAGCUAUAAACUGCUCCCAAGCAUUACCUGCAAGAGUUCUGUUAGAUUCCCUGGGUAAGCAGCUGCACCUUUCUCCUCUCAACAGCUUAGUGCAGGUCAUGGCUGCUCACAAAAGGUUUUUAAAGGCUUGGCAAACCCUUUGCUGCAACAGAAAAGGGCAUCUCUGAAGCAGCAGAACAAGCUAAGAAGGAAAAGAGCCAACUGCAGACUGUUGCCGCUUGGCUUUAACCUUUCAGCUAAUUGGUGAUCAUCCUGUUCUUGUGCAGCAUACAUCAUUUCCUUCCAUUCUUGGGAACAGAACAAAGUGAAGUUAAACUGAAGCAGUUAGGCAGGACAAGUUAACUCGCUGGGGUUGGUUGGUAUUCUCCUCUUCCACCUCAGUCUGAAGGGCAGUUUUGAUUGUUCUCUUGCCAAGUUGCAGGGGAUCAGCAGAAGUUCAAGAAAAAGGAUCAAGCAAAUGGUUCAGGUGAGACUGAUCUCAUUGGCUGUGUUGCCACCAGGUCCUAUAGGCACUCUGGGUGAUGCUUGAACAAAGCCUCUAAGAGGGCAAGACAAGAGGUACAGGCAGGGGAAGGCCACUGCU